UUGAAAAAACCAAACCAAUUUUCUUUUCCUACCACUUCGACUGGAGCGCGCCUUUUCCCUGUCCUCCUACUUCCAUGGCUGCAAUGAGUACGAGCUCCACCACACCCGCUCGAUUACUUGCAUUUCCAUUACGACACCGUUUCCACGACCAUUCGCGGAGUUCCCUGGCCUUUAAUAAACCUCUUCCAAGAGCUCCUAGACUCAUUUGCAUGGCGGAGCCCUAUUUGAUUACAAAGCUGGAUUCUGCCGAGAAGACGUGGAAAGAGUUAUCGGUUAAGCUGGCUGAUCCAGAUGUCGUGUCAAAUCCUAGUGAAUACCAGAAGCUGGCACAGUCCGUGGCUGAGCUCGACGAGGUUGUGACAAUCUAUAAGAAUUACAAAGACUGCGAGAAGCAGUUACAAGAGACAAAAGCUUUAGCAAAAGAUGCUGGCAAUGAUGAGGAUAUGGCAGAGAUGAUAUCUUAUGAAAUUGAAUCUUUAUCCAAUCAAAUCAAAGAACUGGAAGGGAAGCUCAAGAUGCUACUCCUUCCUAGUGACCCUCUUGAUGCAAGAAAUAUAAUGCUUGAAGUAAGGGCUGGUACUGGUGGUGAUGAAGCUGGAAUCUGGGCAGGUGAUCUUGUUCGUAUGUAUGAGAAGUACAGUGAGAGGAAUAAUUGGAGGUACAGCGCAGUUUCAAGCUCAGAGGCUGAAAAAGGAGGAUUCAAGACCUAUGUGAUGGAGAUAAAAGGAAAACGUGUAUACAGCAAAUUAAAAUAUGAAUCUGGUGUUCACCGGGUUCAACGUGUUCCUCAAACAGAAACGCAGGGUCGUGUGCAUACUUCCACUGCAACUGUUGCAAUCAUGCCAGAGGCGGAUGAAGUUGAGGUGGUUAUUGACCCAAAAGAUAUUGAACUGACAACAGCAAGGUCUGGGGGUGCUGGAGGGCAGAAUGUCAAUAAGGUGGAGACAGCUGUUGAUCUUGUCCAUAAACCAACGGGCAUCCGCAUCUUUUGCAGUGAAGAAAGGUCUCAACUCCAGAACAAGCAUCGUGCCUUUCAGUUGCUGCGAGCAAAAUUGUAUAAGAUAAAAUUGAGAGAGCAGCAAGAGUUGAUUAGGAAUCAACGGAAAUCACAGGUUGGUACUGGUUCUCGUGCAGAAAAGAUUCGGACAUACAACUUUAAGGACAAUAGAGUGACUGACCACCGGUUAAAGACGAACUAUGAGCUCACCUCUUUUCUUGGUGGUGAUAUAGAGAACGCAGUUCAGGCUUGUACUUCCCUGGAACAGCAGGAACUCCUGGAAGAACUCGCUGAAUCUGUAGGAGCUCCAGCUGGCUAAUUUGUAGCCUUCUGUGAUAUCUAUACCGCCGGACUGGAUAAUCAGGAAAUCUUUGCUGGAAAAAAAAAUUUGUUCAAAAUGGGGCAGUCCUCCUAUAUGAUUAUCCUGGACAGGCACAUUUUUUUUAUUUUUUUAAAUUUCUUGUUGACAGAGGUUAAAUAGCUGAGGUCCAAUUUGAAUCUGGAAUUUUUGUAUUCCGUUAUAUCCAGAGCUUAUAUGUACAGAUCAAAUUUCCAUGUUUUUAAUUUUCACAUUGGAUUAAUUCCAGGACAGAGUUGACAUUGCAAAAA